UUUUCUUUUUAUUUUUUAAAUUAACUUAAAGAAUAUUAAAUAAAAACUUCUAUUUCUUUUUGUACUGCAUUGUCGCGAAUUUAUUUCCCUUAAUUUUUUCGGUCAAUAUGGUUUUGCAUUUGUGGAAGACGCAUAAGUUUAGAAAGAGACUGGCGUGGUGCGGGUUCGAGAUGCUGACCUGUUCUAUAGCAUGCCUCCUGGCGGUGGCUGGAGCCGCGUCUGCGCAGCUGACACUAGAUGGCAUCAGAUGCGGGCAACUAGUCUGCCAGCUCGAAGAGUACUGCUCCCCGGACACCAACCGGUGCGCCCCCUGCAGUGUAGCCUGCAACAAGACGAGCCACAACUACGAUGCCGGCCUCUGCAUCAAAGAGUGCCAAGGAUAUCUCCUCGACCUGAGGUACAUGCGAAGGUCGGAGGAAACACAUCCUCCCGGGGAUCUGAGCGGUGUGCAGCGUCAAGCGCAGACUGCUCUGAUCAUCAGCGCCGUGGCACUCGCAAUCUUGGUGCUCGUGCUCAUCAUCGUCUGCAGGGGCAAGUUCUCUUGGCGAUACAUCAAGCAGAAAUUUCAGCCGGCCAAGAACCGAGUGAAGCAGUACCCAAACGACCUGACACAUCACAACCCACACGCGGAGAUGCCGAAACCUAAGCACGAACUCAAACUGGAGAUACGGAAUCCCGAUCCAGCGAAACGACCGCAGCAGCCUCUGAAUGUGAGAGACUUGGAAACAAGGACUUCACAGACAGAGAAGAGUCAGGGAGCGACUACACCGAAGACGAUCAGUACUGCACUUAGCAACCGACAUCCAGCCGAAGACACGACAUUAGAUUUCUCGUACGACAACAUGGGGAUGAAUGUGACACCGCCGGAGCAACCCGCGACCAGCCACAAGUUCUGAGGAAAGGCUGUCAGCUUUGGCAGUGCCACCAUCAGGUUCAUACACCGCAAGCUCAGUACUGCCACGUCAGAAUGAUAGGCCAACAAAAGUUUCAAACUUUUAAAAGACUCUUCAGAUUUAAAUUAAAUAAAACUACUUUUUACCGUAGGAUUGUAUUGAAUUUAUCUUGUUGUAAUGCUGUCAUAGUCCUUAGCACUAAUUCUAUUGAGCAACGUAGAGCCCUGUUUAACUUUUUAUUAGAUUCUUCUGCAGUAUUUUUAGUAGGAAAUAUUUUCUACAGACGACCGUAGCGGGAAUAUAUUGUAAUAUUAUGGAGUAUUUAAUAUAAGAUAAAAAUAAAAUGCACAUUUAUCAACAGUAAUUUCACUAAGAGUCAGAUUAAAUAACGUUAGAGUAAGUUUUGGUCUAUUUAUUCUUCGGGAUGAUAUAGUUGGAAGACAAACCUGUUCGAUGCAUCGAAUUUAUAUGAAGCAUUUUUGUUAACGAUUUGUAAUCAAAUUUUAUAAAUAUAGGCAAGUAUAUUCAGCUUUGUUUACAUAUUUAUGAUAUGAGGUAAGGUUUUAUUACAAUGUAGAUUUGUUUUAUACACACGUGAGGAUCAAUUAAUUUUAAGAUAACUGUAAGAUGUAACACCAACCAUAAAGUAGUUAUGAAUGAUAAAUCGAAUAUUAAAAAACGCCCUAUUGGUGCAGCUAAAAUCAAGGGAAUGUGGGGAGAUUUAUAUAGGUAAUUUAAAACUAUAAAAAUAAUUUAAUUGCAUCACAGAAUAAACAUUGGUAUCCGUGUAACGUUACAUCAUUUUUAAUUUACUCAGAACUAAAUUGCUCAUGUUAAAUUCGCAAGUUUCGAAAAAUAAUAGGUAAAACUGGUAACACAGAAAUUUAAAACAAUAAUUUAAAAAUACAAUAGUGUUUCUCUAACGCUCUUGAAAAAUCACUUUCUAAUGAGUAAUAACGAGAUUCUUUUACAUCGUUCGUCUUUUAUUUUUGGCAAACACACGCUGGCUACGUCUUGCUGUCACACAAAACAAACAAAGAGAAUUGAUAGACGUCACAUGGGUACCCGUAAAUUACUGUAUAAUUAAUUAAUUACGACUAUAACAAACGUGUAUUCUGUCGGCAAUAAUUUUUAAAGACGUAUAAUGUAUAUAUUGUAUGUAUAGUAUAGCGUUUGAGUAUAAAUGCUUGUAUUAAGCCAGGAUACCGCCAGACUCGAUUGAUGAAUGUUCGCAGCAGAACACUGAGCGAACGGAAAUGUCAAUAUAAUUUUCAUAGCGAAUAACCGAGUUCGUUGCAAAGCAAAACAUUUUGAUGAGCCUAUAGCCUAAUUAAUACUGAAUGCUUUCAACAAAUGAAUGGAUAUUGGAAGGUGGCAUUUACUAUGAACUGUAAUGUUUAAUAGUGGCAUUGUUAUUGGGAGGUAUUGUGUCUGAUUCCAACAUUACGUGUAUAUAUUUAUGGUUUCGCUCGGAUUCAUUUCAUUCAUUAGGUGAAUUUGUAAUAUUAUCGAUUCUAUUUUCUAUCAUAUUAAACCUAAUCUAAAACCAUAAAUAGAAUGUGUGGAAA